AUGGAAGCCUGGACUCACCACAGCGACACUGGCCCUGCGCCCCGAGCCACGGAAUCUCCAAAACCAGAAGCUGCCUUUCGCAAGCGUUUCCCGGAGACCUUUCGCUUCGCUCCGAGCUCGCUGCGCCGCCACUCGCGCGCGCAGUCCAUGUGCAGCACUGCAUCCGUAUCCUCGGCGCCCUUCUUCGACUCGGACACGACAUAUUCUGCGUCGACUGUCGCAAGCCCAAUCAGCACCGUACACGAGAGCGAAAUCGAGGAUCACCUGCUCUGCCCUCCGUCUUUCGACCGUCCGAGCUCCCGGGUGGCCGAAAGAGAAAGACGGCGCCACCAUUUUGCGUCUUUUGAUUCCGGAUCGACGUGGGUUGGUGACAGGGAGGACGAGUUCGACCAAGACAAGCUCGGCAAGACAAUGCAAUCCGCCUUGACGACGUCGAUGUCACCGAAAGCCAUUUUACACGAAAGCGACAAAAACGAUCUCGAGAGCCCGGUGACUGCCCAGCAUAUAAGUGACGACGAUGCCUCCAUGUCCGGAAAUGCCGAGGGCUGUGAACAAGACGAUACUGCUAGUCCCCAAACAAUGAGCUGCGGCGCAAGCUCUAUUCUUAGCGAUGAGGCGCCUGGGAGUGAUGCUGAUACGCUGGUCACCUACACUCUGCAGUUGGUGUAUGGCGUAGACGCGCCGGAGCAGGGGCCACAGAUCAGCAGUCUGCGACGCCUGUCUGCAAGAUAUAUUCGUGACCUGGGCGAAGCUGUUUGGCAAUCCCCGACCGAGGAUGGUGAGCAGUUCAGCUCACAACGCAACUCGUGUGCCAGCAACAACUCAUCACCUGCGGAUCACAACGCCCGCCGCAGCUCGCAGUCGGGAUCAUCACAGUCCGGCUCCUCCAAGCGCAAGCAGGACGACAGCCCGGACGAUGGCCAAGGAGACGGCCAGGGAGGCGCCGGCUUCCUGCCGGCCAAGAAGGCCCGACAGAGCUUCCGAGACGAUGGACACUUGCGACUCAGCUGCCCUUUCCGCAAGCGCAACCCGCAGCGCUUCAACGUCCGCGAUCACCACAGCUGCGCCAUGACGCAGCACAUUGUCAAGCAGCACAAGCGCGACGACCCGUCUGCGUUUCUGUGCGAUCGAUGCAAUCGUGACUUUUACUCCCGCAAGGAGCUUCGCGACCAUCAAAGACUACCCAAAGAACUCAUGUGUGAUCUUGCCGAUCACGAUCCAGAGUCAGGCAUAGACGGGCCGACAUGCAACAAGCUGCUGAGUCGCAAGCGGGCCAGCGGCACGUCGCCAGUCGUGCAAUGGAGGGAGAUCUGGAACCUACUAUUCCCCGACGACGACGACCAUGCCAUCCAACCAUUUCUUUUUAUUCCCGUGAUUGAGCACUUUGAGCUGGCGUCGCGGUUUCAGGCCUCGCUUGCCAUGCUGCGACUGUCGCUGCGAGACAAGAUCUCCAACCAACCUACGCUCGACACAAUCUGCGGGCAAGUGCACCAGUGCUUCGCCGAGACGGUCGAGCAGUGUCUCCGCACCGCUCAGGGCCUUCAAUACGUGAACCGUAGCAACAAAAAGGGCGAGCUGAGCCGGACGGCGCAACAACAGCAAGCAGCAGCCCGGGGAGGAGUCGGCGGCAGUGUUGCAAGCCAGCACCAGCAAGCGAUCACCAAGUUCCAUCCGCGGCCCGACUCCGGCAUCGUUCUAGACGACGGCUCCGAGGAGACCGGCAGCGUCACCAGCAGCGGCAUUCGCUGCGCGGACGGGGAUGCCGCUGGCGGCUGGCAUAUCCUUCCCCACGCCGGCGGCAGCGACCAGCACGGCAGUGGCUUCGUCUUCGGAGACGGCUCCAGCACACCGGCUCUGUCCCUGCAGACGCCGACAUCCGCAUUCAACCCCGAGAUACUCCCUACAGUCCCUCAACUAUUGCCUCAUGGCCACCACCCCGUGGGGUCGGAGCCGCAGACGGACUUUGCCCAUCUGUGGACAGACGAUAUGCUGUACAACAUGGCCGCGGUGCCCAACGUGGCACAGCGGUACAGAAGAUGGGACGACACACCGUCGCAGACGUCAUUUCACGAAUCAACGACACCAAACUUGUUUUAG